GAGACAAACACACACGCGCGCCCCGGAGACCCUCGUGAACGCAACAUUUUGGGAUAAUAGCACGGACCGUCCGGGACCGAGAAAUCUGCCUUUUUUUUUUUUCCACGUCCAAAGAAUCGGACGGGCCACCCUCAUGCCCGUCGAGGCAGGCCCGACGUGCAGGGAGUAGAAGAAGGAGAAGAACAAGCAGAAGAAGAAGAGGAGGAGAAGAAGAGCGACAGGGUGGAGGACGAGAGUGCGCUCACGCUCACUUUGGGCUGGUGGACGUGCAGGGAGCGACAUCUCAGGGAUAUGUCCACUGGCACGCCGAGAGGUCAUGGGGGUCUUAACCAACUAGGCGGAAUGUUUGUUAAUGGUCGUCCACUUCCGGAGGUGAUCCGGCAACGCAUCGUGGACAUGGCCCACCAGGGGGUCCGGCCGUGCGACAUCUCCCGCCAGCUCCGCGUCAGCCACGGCUGCGUCAGCAAGAUCCUGGGACGGUAUUACGAGACAGGCAGCAUCAAGCCCGGCGUGAUCGGCGGCUCCAAGCCCAAAGUGGCCACGCCGAAGGUUGUGGACAAGAUCGCGGAGUACAAGAGGCAGAACCCCACCAUGUUCGCCUGGGAGAUCAGGGACAGGCUGCUGGCCGAGGCCGUGUGCGACGGCGACACCGUGCCCAGCGUCAGCUCCAUCAACAGGAUCAUUCGAACCAAAGUCCAGCAGCCGUUCAAUCUCCCUCUGGAUGGAAAAGGUCUAAGCCCUGGACAAACCUUGAUUCCUAGUUCGGCCGUCACCCCGCCCGAGUCACCGCACUCCGACUCUUUGGGUUCCACCUACUCCAUUAGUGGGCUCUUGGGAAUCCCCCAACCCAGCACCGAGGCCAAGAGGACCCACGAUGACAGCGACCAGGACAGCUGUCGGCACAGCGUGGACUCUCAGGGCAGCGGCGGCGGCGCCAUUCCCAGGAAAACCAUGCGCGUGGACCACUUCUCGCAGCACGUGGACUGCGGCUUCGAGCGUCCCCACUACUCCCCCGACUCCUUCGCCGCCUCCGCCUCGGGCGGCAAGACGGAGCAGACUUUGUACCCGCUGUCGCUCAUCAGCGGCAGCCUGGACGAAACCAAGAACGGCCUGUCAUCGUCCGGGUCUGCCAUCGGACGCAACCUGACGGCGCAUCAGAGCUACGCCAUGGUGGCUGGUAAGAUGACACCCCCCAUUUCCCCCUCGCCAAAACAAGUUCUAGCCCCCGUCGCUCCUGGUUUUGGUUUUUCGGUUUCCCAUUGUUUCAUUCCGUCCAUUCUCCCAUUCUCACCGCACCCUCGUCCAGAGCCCCUCCAGUCCCUGCCGCUCUGUCUGAAGCAGGAAAUGUCACCAGAGGUUACCAGCACGAGCCCCGCCUCGCCAAACCUGCCAUUUGUGGAUCUGCAGAAACCGGUUUCUAUGAGUAGCGGCAGCUGCGGCGGCGGAGCUAGCGCCCAUUUCCCUAAUUCCUUCAACUCAUUCUCCCAUCAUGCACCUGUCUAUGGCCAGAUCGGCGGCCAGUCAAUCAUCUCAGGGCGAGACAUGGUGAGCUCCACCCUGCCGGGCUACCCGCCUCACAUCCCGUCGCCGGCCCAGUCGGGAUACACCUCGUCUGCCAUCGCUGGCGUGGUCGCGGGCGCCGACUACCCCGCUCAGUCCUACGGCCACUCGCCCUACGCCUCCUACGGUGACGCUUGGAGGUUCACCAACUCCGGCAUACUGGGUUCCCCCUACUAUUACAGCACAGCCUCCCGCAGCGCCCCCCCCUCUGCGGCCGCCUACGACCACCUCUAGUCCCCCCCACUGGACAGACCUUCACGACCCAGACUACAACCUGGAUGGACUUUUCCGCCGACUCCGCAGAUGGACCAGCAACCUAUUUUGUUGUCUCUUUUUUUUUUUUUUUUUUUUUUUUUAAAUUCUAUUUUUAACCGGGUCAAUUAUUUAUUUGUCAUCGCCAACGAUCCAAGCGACGCAGGGUAACUCGGGACUCGAGCACGUUUACACGUCUGCAGCCUUAGGUGUCACGCGGUGCAUCUUUUUCAGUGCAGUUUUUCGGCCAAAGACUUGUUUUCCCGCACACCUGAUUAAGGAUAUGCAACAUCUUUAUAAUGAACUAUGCUUGAUUUUUUUUUCUUCCAUUUUUGUUGUUUUACAAUGUUUAAAAAUAUUUUAAUCGAUAAUUUGUGUACUUGUGAACGAAUUGGGGGAUACAAAAUCCCCGCAAUGAUGUACAUAAUGUAAAUGAUGAACGGGCAGCGGGGCGAGCGGGCGUCGGACUGACGACGAAAAGCAAAAACUGGCUGCCGGUACACGUGCUCGGUUUGUCGCCAUGUUAGCAAGAAUUGUGACUAUUUUUUAAUUCAUAUACGCGGUUAUUAUUGCAGCUGUACUGUAAAUACGGAAUUUCUAAAGAAUUAUUUUUAAUUAAAG